CCAUUUUGCCGGCUCAUCCGUCAUCGGUCAUCUAUCGCACCUCCGACCAACCAAAUUCAGCCAAAAUGCGCCGAGGAAUCCGAGCGCCCGUCAACAUGCUGGACUAUGCACAGCGAGGUCUGGCGGGCGGUCUUGUAGCUCUGACUGUGUAUGGGUUGUACGAGAUGGUCGUUGUACACAAUGCGACUAUGAAGGCUGGCGAAGGCGAGUGCUUUCGUCAGGAUGUAGUGGAUCGAAACUAAUUAGAGUAGAGGCAUUCGCAAAACGAAACAGAGACCAAGAGGCGCUUGCCUUAGCCGCAGCGCAAGAGGAAGAAAAGAUUGCUGCUCGUGCGGAGGCUGCACAAUCUGCGAGCCGGCCGGGCUCCUCAUGAUGUCCCUUCUUGGUAGUUCACAGCACCCCUCAAUGUAUAAAUACCAUGACGAUCUCUUUUGCUCGAUCUACAUACGACUGGUUGGCCGAUCAGGUGGCAUAUGGAAAUCUGAUCCUUGUACCAUCGGUCGGCAGUAUCUCUGGCACACGCAAGGUGCGCAUGACGCU